AUGGUGAAUAAAGAUUUGACUUCGUUGGUGGAACAACUAAGUGUCAGUAGUGACAAAGAUAAACAUCCUUAUGAAAUUGCGUACAAUUGCUUGGACAUGUUAUCUGCAAACUAUCAAGUCCCGGAGGCUGUUAUGGAUAAGUGUUUUCGUCGUCUAAUUCCGGAGGGGUUCUAUGAAUUUGCUGAAUUUCUACUCGUAGAGUACAAGAAAGUGGCAGCUAACAAUGCAUCCUUCGGACUGUUUGAGUUGUACAUUUAUUACAAAUUGAAUCGUCAAAAGAAAUUUGAAGAGGUUUGGAAGUCGAUGGCCGGUAGUUUAGAUGAACUUUUGGAGAAAAUUUCUGUUGAUUGCAACGAGCGGGCACUGUUGCAUGUUCGUGCGCAAUUUUGUUACAAAAUUGGGCAGUAUGAGGAGGCUUUUAAAAUAUACAAGUACUUGGCGCUUCAUAAUAUGGAUGGUGAGGAUAUCGAGGUAGAGUUGGGUUGUAAUGAAAGGGCCGCAUUAGGGUUUUUAUCUCCAAAUAGACAUCAAGAUGUGGUCACCCCUCUCAAUGAGGAAUCUUAUGAUUUAUUGUUUAAUGAAUCUAUUAUUCAUUCCUCGAGGGGAGAUCUUGAAGGUGCAAUGGUCUUACUACAGAAAGCUUUAGAGCUGGUUAAGGCUGAAGAGAAUGAGGGAGAUUUAAACUUGAUUGAAUUACAGAUUGCGUUUGUGAAGCAAAAACAAGGUUUAAAUAAGGAAAGCAGAAAGAUAUUGUUGAACUUACAGUCGAGGAUUAAUAGCAAGUCAGAACUAAUGCCAAUCAUUAAAACCAACCUUCUGUCUUUCAGAGAUCUUUCUAGAUAUAAUGAAAAUACAAACUUACCGUUGGUGUUACGUCAGUUAGAUGUCGAAACCGUGAAUUCCUGUAACACUGGUAAAUAUUCUCAUGAUCAAUGGAAACAGCUACAAGCUAACGUCUUAUUUUUGAAGUUGUUCGCCAAUAGUAAAUUUAGAUCAAAGAGGACUAUGCUUUCAUGCACAAUGUCCCAGUAUUCAAAGCUCGUUGAUGACGUCUGUUUGGAGCCAUAUAAGGUGCAAGCCAAGCUUCUUUAUAAUCAUAUGAAGAAAUCCAUUGCUGCGGAUGUUUCUAAGUCUGGAAAUGGAACUCUGUUGCUAGCGAUACAAUUGCAAAUAAAGAUUGGUAACUUUGACAAUGCCAUUAGAUUAGCAGAGUCUUAUUGUAAAAAGGCCCUUGUGGAUGAUCCAAAACUUUCAUCGUUUACGCGUGUUAUGUCGUAUACUCUAGUAGAGUUAUAUCGCAAGACUCGCAAGGAACAACUUCUAAAAAAAUUCUUAUCGAAUUUAGCUGGGUUAUUCAGUUCUGAAACAGCCAGUGAAGAUUUUGAGUUCUGGAAAUUUGUUGGUUUCCAACUUCUAGCUCUUAAUAAUUUGCAGGAUGCUGAUAAGCUAUUUAUUGCGCUGUCAGCAAUUUCUCCAAAUGACAAUUUGGUAAAAUCUGUAGUUGGUAAGGAUUCAGAGAAAUCUAUAUAUCUUAAAAAUAUGGAUUCUCUAGUUUCUGCUGUUGACGUGAAUAAUCUUUUGGAGUUGGGUUGCAAGCCAUUUGAACGUAUUUCGCAGGGAAGGAAAUCCACAGUUAGUAUAGUGGCAAAGAAGAAGCGUGUACAAAAGAAAAAGCUUCCCGCCAAUGCUGAUCCAAACAGACCAGUAGACCUAGAGAGGUGGUUGCCAUUGAGGGAUAGAUCUAACUAUAAAGUGAAGAAGAAGCAAUCAGCUAAACAAACACAAGGUGGUACAAUGAACAAAAAAUCUGAACAAAACCUUGAUAUUACCAAGCAAAAGAAAAAGGGAAAGAAUAAGAAACAGGGGCGCAGAUGA